AUGGAACCACCAGUGCAGCAUUAUGGACGAUCCCUAGGGGUGUGGACAGAUGAGGCUGCUGUCCGAUCAGAUAACAACACAGGUGAAGAAAACAUCCCAGAGGCGGGACAACACCCUUCAGUCAUCUUGUACUGGUCGCUGUCGGUGUCAAGCUUUUCCAUUGGUGGCAUGUUGUCCUCCUUCUUGGUGGGAUUUGUGGGAGACCUGAAGGGGAGAGUAAAGGGCAUGCUGAUGAUCAAUGUUCUGGCUAUAGCUGCUGGACUUUUGAUGGGCUUUUGCAAGAUGUGGAAACCUCACAUCAUGGUCAUCUCAGGCCGUGCUGUGAUGGGUUUUUAUUGUGGGAUGGCAUCUGGGUUAGUGCCCAUGUAUAUUGGGGAAAUUGCCCCCAAGGCUUACAGAGGGGCUUUGGGAUCGUUACACCAGCUGGGAAUAGUCAUUGGCAUCCUAAUUAGCCAGGUGGUAGGUUUGGACUUUAUACUUGGUAACGAUGACAUGUGGCCCAUCCUGCUCGGUCUGUCUGCUGCUCCGGCGGUUUUACAAACGCUUCUGCUGCCCUUGUGCCCCGAAAGCCCACGGUACCUUUACAUCAGAUUGGGCGAGGAAGAAAGGGCUAAAAAAAGUCUAUAUCGCCUGAAGGGAACAUACAAUGCAACUCCCGAUCUUGAGGAAAUGAGGCUGGAGAAAGAGGAAGCUGAUAGAGAACCAACUGCCUCCAUCUUGUCUUUGAUCCUUUCCUCCACGUACAGACUGCAGCUGUUUGUUGCCCUCAUGAUGCACCUUUCUCAACAGCUGUCUGGGAUCAAUGCUAUCUUUUAUUACUCUACGUCGAUCUUCACUUGGGCUGGAGUUUCCCAGCCAGUCUAUGCCACCAUUGGAGUUGGAGCCAUUAACACUAUUGCUACUCUGGUGUCGGUUGCUCUAGUGGACAAAGCUGGCAGACGUACUCUGACCCUUGCAGGUCUGGCAGGGAUGUGCUGUUGUGCCAUUGCUAUGACACUGGGUCUAAACUUACAGAGUGACUACUCAUGGAUGAGCUACGUCAGCAUGUUGUCGAUCUUCCUCUUUGUGUCUUUCUUUGAGAUCGGUCCAGGUCCUAUCCCGUGGUUCAUAGUGGCUGAACUGUUCAGCCAGAGGCCUAGGCCGGCGGCUAUUGCUCUCGCUGGUUGCUGCAACUGGACCAGCAACUUCCUCGUUGGCAUGACCUUUCAAUACAUACAGGCUUGGUUGGGCUCUUACGUGUUUGUCCUGUUUGCUGUGCUGCUCCUCAAUCUUCACUAUUUGUGUACCUUCCGUGUCCCUGAGACCAAGGGCAAAACCUUUGAGGAGAUCACUGCCAUCUUCAAGACGAAACGGAAAACGUUGUCCCCCACCCCCAAUGAAACUGCAUUUGACACUGAACUGCAGCAGCUGAAAACAGCCACAGAUGCUUGAGAGAACAGCGGCGUGCGUUUGUGUAUCUGCACACAAAGACAUCCUGGUCUGUGUUAUUUACAGCUUCUGUCCUUUAAUAUUUCAAUUAAAAUAAGGCUUUUGUUCAUAAAAGCAGCCGUCAG